ACUUCGCGUAUGCUAGCCGGUGUGCCGCUUCGCCGUCAGAUAUCCGUUCCGAACACAUUGUGUUAUCCUUCCGUGUGCUUUCGUGUGUGUCGUCUUCGUCCUCGUCCUCGUCGUCGUCGUCGGUGUCCACACGGCUGCACAAGAUGGUUUGAUGGUUUGAGACGCAGAGGAAGCAAAAGUACCACGCCCCAAGAGUACCUUGGAGUUUCCUUUCUGCGAGAUUUUGUCACCAACGGAUGGUGCCUUCCUAGUUGAGUCACAUCGGGAAGCAUAAAUAAAUCAUGAAUGUUGGAAAGCAUGCUCGACUGCGGGUAACAGUUGUCACUUGCAGGUUGUAAAUUUUUGUUUCACUUGGUGGGGGCGAGAUAGGAAGCGAACUAAAUUGUGUGACUGGUGAAACAAAUAGAAAAAAGCUUUAAUUUUUUUUCCUUCCGAACGGAAUAACAACUGGAAGCGUCUUCUUAAGCUCAAUGUGAAUACUGUGAUAUACGAGCGAUGAGUUCCAUCGCGGUGAUGAUUUUCGAGUGAAGCGGUUAAACAGCAACGAAAUCAACAACAGCAAUGGUUCGCUGGUGUGAUCCUAGGAUUUUACUCUGCAUUGUUGUGCUUCUUCUGGUGGAAGAAUGCCGCCAGGAGGUGACGUUACGGCUGACAGAUAUCAGCGUGCCGGAAAUCGUUGACUAUCGCAGCACUGUUACGCUUUCGUGCUCGUACGAUCUGGGUCCCCACCAGCUGAACUCGGUCAAGUGGUACAAGGGGAAUCAGGAAUUUUACAGAUACGCACCGAUGCUGAAUCCAAAAACCAAAAACUUUCCGGUGAAAGGUGUCGUGAUCGCAAAUGAAAACAUUUGCAACCAGUACCUGUGCCAGAUACGAUUGACUAAUUUGGAACGAAGUUCCAGCGGAGAGUAUCGAUGCGAGAUCUCGGGCGAUGCGCCCAAAUUUGCCAUCGCCAAUGGCAGCGGUAACAUGACAGUCGAAGUGUUACCCCAGCAUGAUCCAAUCAUCAGCGGGCUCGCGGCCAUUUAUUAUCCCGGCGAGGCCAUCGAGAUCAACUGUACCUCGGACAUGUCCAGUUUGAUGACGCGGUUGUACUUUUUCGUUAAUGAGAAGACGAUUCCCAUCGAGUACCUGCAGCCUCUGCAGGAAACAACCCUGGACAGUGACAGCUUCAUGCUGCGAUAUCGUACCCUGGAGAUGCACCUUCCGGUGGAUCGGCUGUUCCCCAAGGGGGUGGAUCGAACCAUUCUGCAUAUCAAAUGCAUCGCAGCGAUCGAUUCGGUCCCGACGGGCGGACGCGAGACUACCGCAAUUGUCGCCGUCCAGAGCCAUCGCUGGUCGUGGAUCAUCAGCGGAAUUAACAGUGGGAGCAACAGUCUCCGUGUCAGCCUCCUACAGCAACCUUGGAGGGCGUUCGCAUCCCUCCUGCUCCUACUACAAGCCGCUCAUCUCUUCUUCAGCACAAGUCUCGAUCAGACAUUGCCGCAGUUCUAGUGCUCACGUGCGAAAAUCCAUCUCUCGGUCACAUCAGCGGUCGGAAGCGGUAACAUGCCCAGCAAAUCGCUGUGAAUCACUGGCGAAACAAGAAAAAUUAAAUUAAAAGAAACGCCCACUCGCACGCAACAUCAAGCUCCAUGUUGAACUCUUGUCAAAAGGACAGAAGCACACACGCACACACAUACACACACAACCCCGUACACACCCAUGCACACGCGAAUAGUUAAUUCAAUCCGAAAGUUUUGGUCCGGAUCCGCCUCCAACGCUGGAAUUCCGUCGGAUGAUGAUAAUGUGCACGUUUCGAGGGAGCGAAAGAGCAGCUUUGGACUGGAGAAAAAAUACGUGAAUUGCCAUAGAAUACGUGAUUUUCCCCCUUUUGGCUAAUUAUUUGCAUAAUCGGGCUGCGGAAACGGGUAGUUAGCGUUUUGGGGCGGAUGAAGGGGUGGAAGUGCUGAACCCUCGUACGUGAAGAUUCGACAAUUCGACUCAAUGAUUGUGUGCCAACGGUUCCUUCAAAAAAAUCUAACAGUGUUCGAGGUGAAAAAAAGAAACGAAUGUAGAACGGAAACAAGGAAUGGGCGGGAUUUUACGGCCAAGUAUGAAAAAGUGACAUGAGAAAGUUUUAACGCGUGUAUAAGAAAGCAAAAAAGUUUUAAUAAAGUUAAAAGAGAAAACAAGCUUGAUGUACAAAAUAACAGAUUGUAAAUAUUGAUUCGUAUCAGUGCUCACGUCGUCGGAGGAAAGAUACAAAACAGAGAAAAAAAAAUGAAAGUAAAAUAAAGAUGAGACUUUCCCGUGACGGAAAGUUCUAACAUAAA